AGGAACAACAGCAGGCUUUUUAUAGCCUCAAAAUUUGGUGCUUCAAUCCCUCCUAAGGGGCUUCGGUUUCCCGCCUGUUCCGUUCGCCACGGAAGUAGACGACAAGGACGCCGGGCCUUGUGUAGUGUUGAACAACGAUUGCUCUGGUGACGACCUUGAACAACAACAACGGAUGGAUGAUGUCAACUACUCCGGCGACGACUUCGAACAAGUUCCAGCAUGCACAGAGGAGCAGCCGCAACAACCGAAACGUGGACGUGGUCGACCACGGAAAAACGCCACGGCAGUUCAGACCAAGACUACUCGUCCCCGUGGUCGACCACGCAAGCAACAACAAAACGAAACCCCUCGAGAAAAGCGUCCGGUUGGACGACCUCGUAAAUUCGCUACAAAUGCUGAAAGAAAAGCUGCAUACCGUGCACGUCAGGUAACGGAGAAAGAGCGUCUAAAACAGCAAGUUCUCAAACAAGAAGCGCAGGCUCGCAAAGCUGAAGAAGCUGCAAAAGAACACAGCUUACAGCUCGCGAAGAAAGAACGCCAAAGGCAGAAACCAACAGCAAAACGAAGUCUACAGCUCGCAAAGAAUCGAGAACUGCAAAGACAACGACAAAAUGAGAUUGCUGCUCGUCGCCAAGCCCGUGGAGCGGAGGUCGUCGCACGGCGGAGGGAAUGCGAGGAACAAGCGGAGCUGCGACGCGUCCAGUAUGUCGCUGCGACGCAACUCUACCAGCAGAAGGAGUUUCUCGACAACCCGUUGGACAGAAAAAAGGAACCUGCCUCUUCCUGCACUCAUGGAAAAUCAACGAAACCUGUGCAGACUGAGGCCUCAUGGCUGUUCAACAGCAGUGUGGAUGUUGCAGUUGAGACACCGAGAAGCAUUCACGUGUGCAAAUCAACCCAGGCGUCACUUGUUGCUGUCAAGGUGCACAGGUGGACAGAAACCACAGAUCUUGUUGAACGCAAGGACAGUGAAACUUACGUGCAAGAGUUUCCUGCUCCGCACGUGCGUGGAAUGCCAAGGCUUACCAACUUGGAUCAGAGCCCCGGAGUUUCCACGUUGUACAGCCAUCAAGUAGAUGGGGAUAGAAAAAAGAAGCCUGCCUCUUGCUGCACUCAUGGAAAAUCAACGAAACCUGUGCAGACUGAGGCCUCAUGGCUGUUCAACAGCAGUGUGGAUGUUGCAGUUGAGACAUCAAGGAGCAUUGACAUGUGCAAAUCAACCCAGGCGUCACUUGUUGCUGUCAAGGUGCACAGGUGGACAGAAACCAGAGACCUCGUUGAAUCCAAGGACAGUGACACUCAUGUGCAAGAGAUUCCUGCUCCGCACGUGCGUGGAAUGCCAAGGCUUACCAACAUGGAUCAGAGCCCCAGAGUUGCCACGUUGUACAGCAGUCAAGUAGAUGGGCAACGUGACCGCACAUUUGUGGAUCGCUCCACUAGCCCUGCUGCUGUUCGAGAGCCGUAUCACAGAAAGUGCAUUGUGCGCUGGUGCACCAGUAGAUUGAAGAUGAACCCAGGAAGAUUAUUCCGCGUUCCUAAAGACAACAGGAUGGAAGCUUUCCUAAGGUACGCUGAAAGGCCACAGCUGAUAGGGUUGCCAAAGGAAACAGUAAAUAAUUACCGACUCUGCUCGGCGCACUUCACGGAAUCGGACUACAUGGACCCGGGGAAAACCAAACUUAUAUGGUCAGCCGUGCCAUCCGUAAAGGCUCCAGAUGAGUCAAAAGGUGAAGCUGCCAACCUUGGGCACCUGCGGGAGCCACCGCCUCAGCCAGGACCGUCUGGGCUAUGAAGAGAUUCGAUCAAGUCCUCCUGCUGCUUUAGUGAGGUCACUUCCUAGUCAACACAGGCAGAGCUCCCUCGGCUGAGGGUCACCAAGGAGAUGCAGUCAGAGAUGUGGCAUUAAACUACACGGCCACUCGGUUCACUCAACAGCAGCUGCUGCAGCCCAGUUCAGUCAGCAGCAGCAACAAGCAGUUAAGUCAGUUACCGUGGCGAGAGGAAGGGAUGAUUCUAGUCCCCGUGAGUUUGACGGGAGCCAACCUUCAAGUGGUACCAUAGUGUCUUACAGCUGAUGAAUCCUUCUGCCAGAGGCAACUGCCCAGCGCAAGUGGGAACCAGUGCCAUUUUUUUUGAAGAGGCAAACUCUGCCGUUGCCGCAGCGAAGUGAACGAGUGUCGCAUACGUCUGGACAUUUGCUUGCAAGAAUUUCUGGAGAUAAGAUCCCUCGCCGCCCAUGUGGAGAAGUACCCGUGCUCACAGCCAUAUCAGUGUCACUUGUGCUCUAGCCAUUGCUCAUACUGAAGCACAACGCAGAUCCAUCUCAGGGAAUCGGGAGUGAAGUGCUCUUUUUGCAAGCAUACAAUAGGCAGAAGGACCUGGGAGAUGAUGUGGCUGUCCAGCAGUUCAUGUGCAGUGUUUUCAAAUUAUCCUUCACGAACGGGUACGACCUUGUUGUGCACGUUCGCCAGCUCCACCUGGUGCAAAAUAUAUGCAGUGCGCCUGGUGUCCAAAGUCAUACUUAAUAAG